AUGGUGCUAAGAAUUCCGAGCAAGUUGCUGGAUAAGCUUGUUGAGAAGGAGAUUGUGCUUAGGCCAGAAAAUUCUUCAGAGAUAGAAGCUAAUGCAUAUGAUCCAAUGAUGAAGCAGGUUGUUCUGGAUCCUAAUGCAUAUACCACCAUGGUCAUACAGAAAAAGCUCCGUCAAUUGAUGAAGGGUGUUCUGGAUUCUACUGCGUUUAAUAAUUUGAUCGUGGACAUGCAAAAGGUAACCAGUCUUGCUUUUGAAGUUCUAAAGAUCAUGGGUAGGAGAGGGGUGUCUAAAGAUGCCGAUGCUUACAAAUUGAUCAUCGAAAGCUACUUAAGGAAAGGUGAGCCUGCUGAUGCUAAAACACCAUUGGACAGUAUGAUCGAGGAUGGACAUCUUCCCGAGUCUGGCAUAUUCAAGUCGGUGAUGGAGAGUUUGCCUGAAGAUGGAAGGAUUCAAACUGCAAGCAGAGUUACGAAGAGUAUGGUGGAGAAGUGA